UGAAAAACAAGCCAGGGAACCAUCCAAUCCAAAUCGCUGAAGAGAACAACACAAUGGAUGCUGAUACAUCCGAUACGCCGGACUUCAACGAUGCUUGGGCUGUCGCGCCUCCAGAAGGUGAAUGGGAUCCACUUUCAGUACAGGUGGAGAUGACCUAUACGAUUUCUUCACGAUCCCUCCUAUGCCCGACAUCAAGGUGGAUGAGCCAACCGUCGGGGAAGAAAUAACUGUUCAGACAUUCUAUGAAGGACCUCCGGCGUGUAAAUGCUGCACGAACUGGGUCGAAAGGCUCCCUAAUCUCGUACCCGAAGUGGCAAAGGAAAAGUACGACGGGGCGGCCAUCUGUAUCUACAACGGCAAAGAUCACAUGGCCGACACCCUCGGCGGUCUUAAGGAGAUCAAUCCGCGACACAUUACGAUACAGAGCUCUGUAAUCCGCAAUGAGAUUGCGCCAAUCUUGGAGAAGGGUGGGAUGCUGGGCACGCCUCUCGGCAAACACAAACUCACCAUCCACACCCCAUUCAAGGAGCUGUUCUUCGCUCACCCCCAAAUCGUCCAGUUGUACCACAGCCACGCUGCUGGAAGCCAAGAGAAGAAACACCUGAAGCUCCUGGUUGACGUCAUGGGGCAGCUGUUCCACCGGACCUCUCCGAGGGUUGCUGAGCUUCACGAGAAGAAGCUGAUCGACUGCGCACACCUCUGGACCAUAUUCCCCCGUGGGAUAAUUGUUUACAGCUGCAUCGCUGGGCAGGACCAUGUCUUUCACGUUGACUCUGUCGACCGUGAUCCAACGGCAUGAACCAUCCACGGCCGCUUUCUACGAUUCGAUGGUAGAAGGUUUGGGAUAGCAAAGGCCCGACUCCGAGUGAAUCAGUUCCAUGGUACUCGGCUCAUUAC